AUGCAGACGAACAAGGUCAAGGCCGAGGCGCUGGGACGAAAGGCCAAGCUUGCCAACUCCUACCAGGAGCUCCUCGACGAAUUCUCCAACAAAGAUCUCAAGAACGUAGGGAACUACGGCCUGGGCAAGCUGAUAGGAAAGGGCUCCUUCGGAAAGGUCUAUCUUGCACACCAUAAACUCACCAAUGGCUCCAAGGUCGUUCUCAAGUCGGCAAAGAAAGACGACUCGAAUCUGGCGCGCGAGAUACACCACCAUCGACAGUUCGUCCACCCCCACAUUGCGCGGCUAUACGAGGUGAUAGUUACCGAGUCGAUGGUAUGGCUGGUUCUGGAGUACUGCGCUGGCGACGAGCUGUACAACUACCUCCUGAAGCACGGGCCCUUGCCUGUUGAGAAAGUGCAAAAGACUUUCACGCAACUAGUAGGCGCGGUAUCGUACGUUCACCAACAGUCAUGCGUGCACCGCGAUCUGAAGCUUGAGAAUAUCCUACUGGACAAGCACGAGAACGUCAAGUUGGUCGAUUUUGGAUUUACCCGCGAGUAUGAAGGGAAGUCGAAUUAUCUGCAGACAUUCUGCGGGACUAUCUGCUACUCGGCCCCAGAAAUGCUGAAGGGGGAGAAGUACGCUGGAGAAAAGGUGGAUGUCUGGAGUUUGGGAGUGAUUCUCUACGCUCUGCUCUGCGGGGAACUUCCGUUCGACGACGAUGACGACAACAUUACCAGGACGAGGAUUCUAUCAGAAGAGCCGAAGUACCCGGAACAUCUCCCCACCGACGCUAUAGGCUUGAUCAAACUGCUCCUGUCCAAACGACCUCUAUUGAGACCAACUCUCCCAGACAUCCUACAGCACCCUUUCCUGUCCGAGCAUGCACCUCAGCAGCAGGCCAUUCUGAAGCUGCGUCAACCCGCCCCGUUCAGUACAGCCCUGGAGAAGGACUGCUUGGAGCGUAUGCGCCAUGCCGGAGUGGAUAUUGACCAGGUCAUCGAGAGCGUGCUGGCACAGAAGUGUGAUGCGCUGGCUGGUUGGUGGACACUGCUGCUGGAAAAGGAAGAGCGCAAAUCGAAACGGAGAGAACGUCGGCGCAAGGAAAAAGAGGCCGAGAACAGGAAUUCUCGUCGAUUCUCUGGCGCGUCCGGUAAACUUGAGCGUAUGGCCCCUAUCCUCGACGAAGACGGCGUGCUUAAGGAGCCACCUUUGCCGAGAGCGCGGGGCCGAAGCGAGCGCAGGAGUGCACACUACGCCGAUUUCAACGUCACGGAACUGCCUAACCUGCCCGAGAUGGGUAAGCUCAGCCCCGAAACUGAGAUGCCGCCAACCCCAAUAGACAAAGACUCGAUCAGGUCUGCCAGCACGUCCCGGCAUCGACGACCGAUUCCACCUCCCAAAGAAGGCAUACUCCGAAGUGCUAGGUCCAGAGGCUCUACAUUGCACCUCGUGACCACUUCGGACGCCUUGGGCCUGCAGCCGGUCCCACCCAAUCCGACCAAGGUAAAGAAGAAGCCUUCCCAGGUCAUCAUUGGCACCUGGAAGAACUGGACGCACUGGCUCGUGGACACGACGCGGCGACACAAACCUAACAAGCGUGGGAGUCAAUCGACACCCAAUUUGGUGGGCAAGAACGGCGGCACCGGCGACAACGGGAAGAAUUCGAAGAACGCGAGCCCCCGGCCCCACACCAGCAAGUACCCCACAUCGGCGUCCGGCCCGGCAGCGACAACGGAUUCACGGCAGGCUAAUGGCCACGCUGCGAAGGGCAGUCCGGGGUUGGCACCGGGCAACUCACCCAACACGCCCACCUCUGCGCACUAUCCGACAGCUCCCUCCAACGUACAGAGGAUGCCGUCGUCGACUUCCUACAAGAGGCAGUCCUUGUCGCCUGGUCCCAUGACGCCUCGUUCGUCUGUGCGCCGCUCGUCGACUGGUCUCCGUGGUAGGAAAUCUACUUCAUCAUCGUUGAGUUCUAUACGCACCAUGCCCCCGCAUCACCAUCAUUCGCAUUCCAAGGCGUCGUCCACGUCUUCCAAUGGCUCCGUUUCCACGAGCAAGACGCCCCUGGGCAACGGGCGGUCGCCGCAUCACUCGGUCAAGGUGCUGCCCGCCACUCCCACAGCCACAUCAUUCCCGUCGAACAUCCGGUUCGCACGCGGCCCUUCACUGACCCUAAACUUCAACGAAGGCAUGCCUUCGUAUGACAAGGCUCCCGCGCCCGGCAGCCCCAGCCCCUUCUCCAUCAACAAUGCUGGCCCGUCCGUACUAUUUGCAAAGCGAAAACGGAACAUAUUCAAGGGGCCUAUGCUACAGUUCGGCAACCAAGCGCCAAGCGCCAGUGGCAGGAGUCGAGAAGGUAGUCACUCGCGCAACGUUAGCGCCUCUGGUCUCGGGAGACGAAGCGGCGAGAUUACCAUCCAGGAAGAAGACGAGGAGGCUGUCGAGGAAGAGGAGGCGGACAGGGGCCAGAGUUUGGAUCUAAGACAAAGAGAUCUAGAUGAAGAAAGCAUUGAAGAAGUCGAUCAGUUCAGCCCUAUCAUCCGACAGCCAGGCGAGAAGAUCGAAGAGAUUUACGAGGGUGAGGGCGAAGGCGGCGGUGUGGGCAUGCAUGAGCCCGAACUCGCCGGCAAGAAGGAAGAAGUUCUUCUUGUCGCUGCCCUCUUCGCCUUCUGGGCUUAUGCAGUGCCCCUCGAGCCAGUUGCGUUCAACAGCACCGGCCAAACAGCUGACCACAGCUCUUCUGUGGCUGAUGAGUACAACCAUCCCGGUCAACCAAUGAUCAAGGGAGCAGUCGAAUCUGACGGAAAGUUCCCGUGGAGAAACCUCGAUGAAUACCAGUGCGAUUUCGACCACUACUUCAACUAUAUUCCCUUCACAAUCAUUUGUGAUAACCCAGACGGCAGCAACGCCCGGGCCUACUUCGAUGAUGACAUAUGGAACGCCAUGAACAGAGCCUCUGAAAUCAUUCGGCGGGGCAAUGAGAUUAGACGCGAGAAUUCCGCUGGGCCGGGACCACCGCCCGACAUCGACGUGGAAUUCCCCUUCGCAGACAAUCUUCGCUGGCCCUGGGCAGCAAACUACAGAUUGGUUCACGGUUCUCGUGGUUUAAAUACCGUGCCUGUAGGAAGAGGCAACUUGAAACCCGACCGAUCUAAUGUACUUGCCUUCUCGCCCUUAUAUCUCUAUCCCUUGGAAACCAAUGACCAUAUUUGGCCAUACAACGCCUACACAGUGUACGAUCAAGCUUGGCCUAUGCCCAGCGCUGGUCGAGACUUCGUUCUUAUGCAGUGGGUGGACGGCAUCGCAAUGUAUUUAGGAGUCAUAACUACGAGGGGCUCUGAGGUCGAUCAAUCGGGCACAGUACUCCUAACAUAUAGAUGGGCUUCUGGGGUGACAGCCAAUGCAAGACUUGCUAGACACAUGAGAGCUGCCAAAGACGGGCGUCAGGUGACACAAAUCCCUGGCAUUGAAGGCGCCUAUCAGCUGAGGUCCAAAUCCAUAAGAACCUUCUUUGCCAAACCUAAGGUUAUCGGUUUGUACGACGAUGCUGCUUAUUCAGGAGCGCCACCGGACCGCCCUCCGUUCAUGCCACCUCCUUCCGGCGGGGACGGCUUGGCUGGAGGAGCCGGAGGUCUAACUGACCUCACACAGUACCCGUAUGGCUGGAAUGCUUGGAACUUUGCCGUUGCUCCAGGCUCGUAUGGAGUUAUGUAA